AUGGCUAAGGACUCACAAAAACUCCAUCUCCACCUCGACGCCAAGAAGAAACGCAUCACCUACGUCGCCGCCGUCGCCGCCCUCUGCGCCCUCUGCUACAUCCUCGGCGGCCGCCACGGCGGCGCCCCGCCGAUCUCCACCCCGCAAGAAAUCUCCUCCAAGCUCGGAUGCAACACCGACGACGACUCUUCCGCCGCCGCCGCCGCCAUGCAGCUCGACUUCGCGAGCCACCACUACCUGCAGCUCAACACCUCCUACGACUCCGGCGAGAGCUUCCCCGCCUGCGACUUCAAGUACAGUGAAUACACGCCCUGCGAAGACCAGGAGCGCAGCAAGAAAUUCAACCGGACCCAGCUCAAGUACCGUGAGCGCCACUGCCCCGCUGCCACCGACCGCCUCCGCUGCCUCAUCCCGGCGCCACCAAACUACAAGAGCCCGUUCAAAUGGCCGCAGAGCCGCGACUACGCCUGGUACAACAACAUCCCCCACAAGGAGCUCAGCAUCGAAAAGGCCGUGCAGAAUUGGAUCCAGGUCGAGGGCGAACGCUUCCGAUUCCCCGGCGGAGGCACCAUGUUUCCUCGAGGCGCCGACGCGUAUAUCGACGAUAUCAACGCGCUCAUCCCGCUUACCGACGGAACCAUCCGCACUGCUGUCGACACUGGCUGCGGCGUGGCGAGCUGGGGGGCGUACCUGCUGAAACGGGAUAUAAUCGCGAUGUCGUUCGCGCCGAGGGAUACGCACGAAGCGCAGGUGUGGUUUGCGCUCGAGCGAGGCGUCCCAGCGAUGAUAGGCAUCCUUGGUUCGCGCCGGCUACCGUAUCCUGCUCGGUCGUUCGACAUGGCUCAUUGCUCUCGUUGCCUCAUCCCCUGGUUCGAUUACGAUGGCUUGUACCUGAUCGAAGUCGACCGGAUUCUGAGGCCGGGCGGGUACUGGAUACUCUCGGGUCCUCCGAUCCGAUGGAAGAAAUACUGGAAAGGCUGGGAGAGGACGCCGGAGGAUUUGAAGAAAGAGCAGGACUCCAUCGAAGAAGUAGCGAAGAAGCUCUGCUGGAAGAAAGUAGUCGAGAAGGGUGACUUGGCAAUCUGGCAGAAGCCGAUCAACCAUGUCGAGUGUCGCAAGACGAAAGGGACGAUCCCUAUCUGCGCAACAUCUGACAAUGCUGACGAAGCUUGGUACAAAGACAUGGAAGUCUGCAUAACUCCACUGCCACAGGCGAGCAAAGCGAGCGAGGUCGCUGGGGGAGCGCUCAAGAAAUGGCCGGAUCGCGCCUUCGCUGUCCCGCCGAGAAUCAGCAGCGGUUCGAUCCCGGGGGUCAACGCCGCCAAAUUCCAAGACGACAACGAGCUGUGGAAGAAACGUGUCGCCUACUACAAGAACCUCAUCUACCAGCUGCCGCAGGGAGCAUAUCGGAACGUGAUGGACAUGAACGCGAACUUAGGAGGAUUCGCAGCCGCGAUGCUCGAUUACCCCGUUUGGGUGAUGAAUGUGGUCCCCGUGCACGCUAAACCGAACACCCUCGGAGUGAUCUACGAACGGGGCCUCAUUGGCGCCUACCAGGACUGGUGUGAGGCCUUCUCGACCUACCCUCGAACAUACGAUCUCAUCCACGCAGACAACGUUUUCACAAUGUAUCAAGACAAGUGCGACAUCGCCGAUAUCCUCCUGGAGAUGGAUCGGAUUCUCAGGCCAGAAGGCGCCGUCCUUUUCAGAGACACGGUCGAGGUCCUGCAGAAGGUGAAAAGCAUAGCAGAUAGAAUGAGAUGGGAGAGCAAAAUACACGACCACGAAGACGGGCCAUUGAACCCCGAGAAGAUCCUUGUUGCCAAGAAGACUUACUGGACUGCUGAGCCACAAAAAGGACAGAGCCAGACGACUUCUAGUGUUGAAGGGCUUCCUCUGAGCUGUGGAGAAAGAUCUCACAUUGUACAAAAAGUGCAGUUGAGUUUUCAUAAUAAACCCUUUAGCAAAUUAGAUUCAUCAGCAAGUUCUACAAUCAUAGAAGCAAAUUCGAAUAAAGGUGAAACAGUCAAACAAGCUUAA